AUGAAGUGUUUUUCGAAGAAAGAGUUCCUAUAGUUGGUUAGAAUCCUAGCAGAUUUAAUGACGAUGAUAUAUGAUAGUAAGCAUCAUUCUAUAAAUUUUAGCAGUGUAUUAAUCGAACAAUAAUAAUUUAAACUAUGGAGAAACUCUCUAGGAAAAGGAAAUGUAAUCUCAGAGAAAAAAUCUCUAAUAGCAAUAUCAUCACUUCAAGCAAGAGGUGGAACUGACAUAGGGAAUGGUAUGAAGAUGGUUUUAUCAAUUUUAAAACAUAGAAAAGACAAGAAACCUGUAUCUGCUGAAGAGAAAGUGAGAGAGGAUCUAUACUAAUAUAAAAUACGCGAUUCAUUUACAAUCAAAACAGUUGGUUUUGGAGGAGAUUGUCGUCCAAAAGGAUAAUUUUACUUUAUUCCAAAUCUUACUAAUAUUGAUGAAUGUUUUACUGAAGCUUUGGGUGGUCUGGUUUCAGUUGUAGCCAAUUAUAUUCAGUUAUCAGUCUAACCCAUGAAUUCAAAUAAAACCUAAAUUAAGAAGGCUUAAGGAGAUAAAUGGAUAUAUGAUUCUUAGAAAGGAGCCUACGCUCUUUACUAACCGAAUUUGUUAUCUGGAGUUAGAAAAGGUUACAUUUUCGAAGUGCCUGAUUACAAAGUUUCCACUAAGCAGGAAGUCAGAGUUCUGUUUUAAGCUUAUCCAGUUGAGGUCGGAGGGAAAGUUACUAUUGAAUAAAUUAUUGAAAUUAAGAGUUCCGAUUUUUAAAAUGAGAUUCUUCUUAAUUAUUAUAGAGUCAAAGGUUUAGAAUGUUUUGAGCAAGCAAAAAUUUAUGCAGAAUAAAGCAAAUUCUCUAAAAUAUUAAUUAAGAAAUCCAAAUCUGUAAGUAGUUCAAACUGA